AUGUCUCGCGAAAUCGAUCAAUUAACGGUGCCUGCGGAGAAGCGAAAAGUCAAAGUCAUAGUUGCUAGUCCAAGUCGAUCAGGUACACUGGGUCUUUAUCGGGCAAUGCAGAUUCUGGGCUUUAAUACUUACCACAUAUAUGAAUGUGUGGUCGCCAAUGAACUGUCUCAUCUCAAGAUCUUCAUCGAAGCCAUCACCGCUCAUUAUAAUCAGCUCUCCGGAAUCAAACGAUAUGACCUAGCCGACUGUGAGAAGUGGCUGGCAAACUAUGAUUGUCUCAUUGAGAUCCCGAGUUAUGUUGGGAUGGAUGUCAUUGAGGCAUAUGCAGACGAUCCCGAUGUGAAAUUUAUUCUUACGGAGAGAAAUCCAGAGAAAUGGGCUAGAUCGGUCAAUAGCUCUACAGGGCAAGUGGCUGCUAUGGCACACACUUUUCCAUUCAAUAUCCUCAAGUACUUCCACUCGACGUUAUACCAUUUUCUCAAGAUGAAUGCCAUCGUUUAUCAGGCACUUGCUGCUGGUACGAAGAUUGGAGAUGUGGAGAAUGAAAAGAUGCUAUGCAGAUACUAUCAGGAUUAUAUCAAAAGGGCAAAGGCGACGAUUCCAGCUGAUCGGUUGUGUCUGAUUAACAUCGACAAGCACAAUCUGGACUGGGAUGCGAUUUGUCCUUUUCUUGGAUUGCCGGUUCCCAAGGAGGAAUAUCCUGAUCGUAAUGAGCCGGAGAAGUUUCAAGCUAUGGUCAAGGGGUUUUUGGAACCUAUUGUGAAAACAGCUGCAAUCAGAUUCGGGGUGACGGCCUUGACGACGUUGGGUGUUCUAGGCUGGGCAUCCAUGAAGUAUGGACCAUCUAUCCUGGUAGCCUUGACCGUUAGGUGA